UCUUGCUUUCUCUGAGCAAAGCUGGGAGUAGAGCACAGAGCUCCCUUUAUCUCCUCCCCCCUCCCCUCUUCUCCAAAGUUUGCACUGCAGUGUUUCUCUCCAAGGUGACAUUGGAGGCGAAACUGCCCGUUCAAGGGCACCCAGCUGCAUUCCGAGUCCAGCCGCCCCCUGACACAGAAAGCGGAGGCAGCGGAGAGAGACUGAUGGCUUCCUUUGAGUGGGGAGAUGGAUCUGAUAAAAGCCAGGCUGCACGAUUGGGUCCCGGGUAACUGGAGCUGCUCACGUGACUCGCAAGCAGCUUUCCCUGAUGCCUUUCAAAGUUCUUCAAGGUGGCAUGGUGAACAGCCACCUUAACCCCUUCUAGUGCUGGUUGAGGUGACCAGGCAUGCCAGGAACUGGUUUCCUCCAGCGCAGACUUCAUUGCCAGGCCUAUACGCUUGUUGGCGCCUUUGCUUCCAAUUCACUUGAGCCAGAGAUGGGCCCGCGCGGUAAAGACUGAAUCUGGAUUGAAACUUCUUCAGAGUACGUGGAUCCAGGUUUUAGUACGAGGUGUCCGGCGAGGAGCACCUUUACUCCGAUUUCCCUGAGAUUGACCUGUCCCCGUUGGACGCCAGUGACUUUGACUCUGCCAGCUGCUUCAGCGAGCUGCAGUGGUGUGCCGAGCACUCCGAGACCGAGUCCAGCCAGUACAGCACAGACGACUCCGAGCUCCUUCAGAUAAUAGACAGUGAGAAUGAAGCCCUGCUGGCGGCCCUCACCGAAACACUGGAUGAAAUACAGGAAGAUGACAUGGGCCUGGCUGCCUUCCGCACUAUGGAAGAAAGGGAUGCGCCCAACCACAUCUGUGCCUCGCCAGCCCCUCCCCCCAAACCAGUCGCCCCCACCCCGGGGGGGCCCCCUUUGGCCCCUGAGGUUGAUGAGCUGUCUCUACUGAAGAAGUUGCUUCUUUCUCCGUCCCACGGGCCUCCAAGCUGUGAGGCUCAGAGAGAAGGGAGUGCACGACGCCAGGGGCCCCCAAAAUCCAGACCCCAGCGACCCUGCACAAAGGCGGAGGGUCCCCGGGACAGAAAGUUGAGCUCUCUCCAGGCUCAGAGUCGGAGCUGCACAGAGCUGCACAAGCACCUCACCUCCACCACACGCUGCCCACAGACCAAAGCCACCUGGCCGCCGGACGAGCACCAAGGCAGCAGCAGCCGCUCCCCUCUGAGUCACUCUGCGCACAGUGGAGACGACAGCGACUCGAGCGAAGACUCGCUGAGCUCCAGUGAGGUCCCGGUGACACCUUGCUCCUCCAAGGACGACACCAGCGAUCAAUUGGCCAGCGAGAAGGCCAUGCACACAGUAGUGAAGCUCAUCCGCUACAUGCAUACCUACUGUCUUCCUCCGAGGAAGCUGCCUCUCAGAGACCCUGCAGAUGUGAAGCACCAGCACUGUAACAGCCCUUACAAGAAAGCAAAGCCAGACUACCCUUUGCAGAUACCUCCCCUUUGCAGCCAGGAGAGCCGGACAGCCUGCACCUUGCAAACAACAGCCAGCUGCAAGAAGCCUAGAACCACAUGGCCUGAGUUCUCCAUCCUGAAGGAGCUACUGGCCCGGGACCUGCUGUGUGACGUGAGCAAGCCGUACCGAUUGGCCAAACCUGUGUACGCUUCCUUGGUCAGGCCUCAUGGCUCCAAGUCUCCUGGAGCAUCUGCUCAGGAGGCUGAGGGCUCUCCUGGGAGAUAUCAGUCCAGAGCCAAAAUGCCUCUGGAGAAAGCAGAGCUAAGGCAAAGCCCCCAGGCCGAGUCCGAAGCCAGGAGAGAGACCAGCAGCCCAGAGGAUGCCACUGGGAAUCAUGUGGCUCUCCCAGCCCAGCAAACCUCAGGGAAAGUGGGACGUAAGCAGGAGAGCACUAUUUAUGCUGUCCGGCGCUCCAAGAGACUCAACCCUGAGCUUGGCCACUGGCUGUCAUUUCUUGAUGAGCCUCCCCCAGAGCCAUCUGUCCCCAGAGAGGCAGCAGAGAGCCGGGCGAAGGAUGCUCUCACCUCCCGGGAGCCCGCAUUGUGCCCAGCCCUGGAGAACUUCGAUGCAGAAGAGCCAGCGGCAGAGGUGGAGGUGGGUGGCACAGACGAGGGGGACAGCAGAUGUCAAAACCACCCAGAGACCCAGACCCCCCCUCUGGGGAGCCCGGUUGAGGGGGAAGGAUGUGAGGUGGAUGAGAGCCAGCACUGCACCCCAUUGCAUGAAACAGAAACACCCACGUGUCUCACGCUGUCCUUGGCACAAACUGAUCCUACAUUUGGGAAGAGGAACUUCGAGCAGGUGCUGACUGUAGAGCUGUGUGGGACUGCAGGUCUCACACCGCCUACUACUCCGCCGUACAAGCCUGCUGAGGAGGACCUGUAUAAGCCGGACAUUCCCCAUGGGUCAGCGAAGGAGGAAGCCACCAUCACCUCCUCCAUCCCAGGGCCAAGAACCUCAGCAGUGGCAGUCGACGUAGCAGCCUCCAGGAAACUCAUGAAGAAGCACCCAGAGCGAACAGAGCUUUACGCACACCUGAGCCGAGCUGCCGUGCGCCCUUCCUCCUCGGAGCAGCAGGGGCUGCUGAAGCGGCCAUUUUCUCGCUCUUUUGGGGACCAUGACUACUGCCAGGUGCUGAAACCUGAGGCCACGCUCCAGAGGAAAGUGCUGAAAUCCUGGGAGCCCCAGAGCCACGUGGAGGGUGAGCACAAGCGAAGAGUGCCGGAUGCACACUAUCAGGGGUCGGGAAAGGAUGAGGCCCUGUGGAAGGAGUGCAGCAAACAGCUCAGAGACCAGGAGAUCAGAGCCAGCUUAACCAAGCACUUCGGCUUCCUGGACAGUGCCCUUGAAGACGAGGACACGGCCUUCUGCAAGACCCCUGAGUAUGACACUGUCUUUGAAGAUAGCUGCAGUGAGAGCAGCUCCCCCGUGGAGGAGGAGGAAGAGGAAGAACAUUGCGAGCGUCCAUUGCGCAGGAACCCACUUGCCAGGUCCAGUUUGCACCACUGUUCCCGGAGCAGAUCCAGUUCUGGGUCUUCAUGCUGCAGGUCCAGGUCUCCAGCAAACAGACGGACUUUCAGAUGUGAAUACAGCGAGCAGUGUCAAGGGGGAAACACGAGCCAGGACCACAUUGAGAAGAGACGUGACAAGGCCAUUGGUGAAGGCCGGGUGGUGUACAUCAGAAACCUCUCCAGCAGCAUGAGCUCCAGUGAACUGAAGAAACGCUUCGAAGUGUUUGGGGAGAUCAUCGAGUGUCGGGUUCUGACCAGGAAUAACAGGGGGAAUAAAUAUGGCUUCAUCACCUACCGGUGUUCGGAACACGCCGCCUUAUCGCUGAAGAAUGGCGCCUCGCUGAGGAAGAGGAACGAGCCCUGGUUCCAGCUGAGCUACGGUGGCCUCGGCAACUUGAGGACCAGAUACACUGACUUGGAUUCCAAUGUGGAGGAGUCCUCCCCAGCUCCAGUGAAAAGCAAAUACGAGACCAUGGAUUUUGACAGCUUGCUGCAGGAGGCCCAGCGAAGCCUGCAUCGAUAACAGCCUUAACCUUGGAGGAACACCUCAAUACCUCAGUCAAGGCACUUCCAAUAUGUUUACGUUUUCGAAGAAAUUAUUAAGUAUAUGAAAAGAGAGAGAGAGAGAUUGAGAGAGACUGCUGUCCCUUUAAAUUGAUGUUUACAUUGAACAAAGCUGCUUCUGUCUGUGAGUCCCCAUGGUGUUGAUGUUCCACUGCCACACAUUAGUAUCCUUGCUUCUGACUGGUUGUUUUGGAGUGAGCCUUCUCUUCCCCCCGCCUUCCCCGGGUCCCCCAACAUCCACCCAGGCACCUGGAGUGGAGUCGCAGCUGUGUUCACCAUAACAUUUUUUUGUCUGUAGUGUGUGAUGAUGAAACUGUUAAUUGUGAAUAGAAUCAGGACUAUAAACUACUUUUUAAUAGAAGAAAAAAGUAUAUACUUAAAAAUGUAUUUAUGGCUCAGAUGUACUGUAAUUCAGAUUUAUUGUAUCGCUUCCUUGAUUUUUAACUAUGCACUGUAAUGAGGCACUAGCCACUGAGCAGAUGAGGGUCAGUCCAGGAGGGCGUUCUGGAUUAAUCACCAGACCAGAGUUUGCCCCUUCAGCUGUGGAGUGAGCCAGCCCGGGCCCCAGCCCCUGGUGAACUGGAACAGGAUAGGGUUGGAGUUUGGCACUGCAGUGUGUUGGAAAAGCCAUUCUUCCUGCUUGCGUGGCUGGAAGUCCUGGGUCUCCAGCUAUCAAUCUCGGGCUGCCUGAGACUGAACAUGCUGGUAAGCGAUGAGUUUAGUGGUUUGGCACUGGCUGGUCUGGAGCUGGUGCUGUUGUAUAGUGGUGCAGUUUUGUGGGACCGGGGGAAAGGGAGUUAUAAGGAUGUAGUGUUAGGACACUAUCAAAUUGGGUACUAUGGGAGUUAAUCGCUGCAGGCCACUUUGGUGAUGGAAUCAGGCACCACCCAGUGAAGCUCUUGUCCUGCCUUGAGAGCCUGGGAGAGAGUGAAUGCUAAAAGCCCCCAAAGAACCAUCCCUGUUCAUCCCCCCAUACGCAGGCAGGUGCAUUUCUCUGGCAGUAGGUGAGGAUCACAUCUCCGCUUAGUUGAUCAGCUAAAGCCUUUGUGUGAUGCUGCUGGGCCCUCCCCAGCUCCAUCCAUUGGCAGGCUCAGCUGGAGCAAAUCGACUUGCUGGUUGCGUCGUGCACAGCUACUUCCACAACAUGCAGGGGAACUGGGUGAGAAAAUUCUUCUUUUGCUCAGACUGGCAGCUAGAGGGCAUGGCAGCUAAGCUGAACAUCUCUGCCCCACGCAGCAUGCUACCCUUCCUUUGAGUGGUGUCUGAUAAGCCAUAGACCUACCCAGUCCCACUAGGAAGUUAGCAAACCUGAUCUCCCUAUUGACCCCGCUUGGCUAUCACAGUCUCUCCAGUGCUCCUCCUUUCUCCAGGCUCCUGACUAGCAGAGCACCAGUGAUGGAGGCACUGCGGCCCUGGUGGGUGUUUGCCUGCUGCUGUCACCUCAGUCCCUGCUGGGUAGCACUAACCCUGGCCUGCCUUUCGCUGGUUCCCAGAGAUCCCCAAUCACGGGGGUCCUUGCAAAGCCAGUCAGCCAGUCAGAAGGCACGCAGUCAGUAUGGUCAGCAGCUUCACUGUAGAGUUGACCUGCAAACUUUAAAGCCAUUCCACAUCUGAGCCGGGGAGAGACCGGGCAGUCAGGGAAAAAACAAGCAAGACACAAUGUUUAACAGUAGGGACCAAACAACCUUGCUGACGCCACAAACUUCCUCCACGUUUUCAUUUUGUUUUUCACACACAGGUGAGACCGCAGGGAUUGAGCCAUCCCCUGUAGAUAGAAUAAUAGCCUUAAAUUCUGCCAAUAGAUAGAUUAGAUUCCCUUAAGGUCUCCCCUAGUACAUGACACUGACAUACUGUAAUGGUAUUAUUUCAUCAUAUGGGGCACACAUGACCAAAAACUCAGUAAUUACACGGGACUAGAUUCUUCUAAGACCCUAAUUCAUGCUGAAUUGUACUGUGCUCCAUUGACACCAAUGGUAUCGCUUGUGAUGUAAGAUACUAUUCAAAGGGGGAAGGGUGCUAGAAUCUGGAUCUGUGUGACCCCAGGACAAUUAUCUGAUUAGUUGUCUUAUAACGUGGAGCUCAGGGUUCUAAAAAUAUCCAGUUACAUGGUAAGUACCUCUGAGCUACCUGGUGAUUUGAACUACACUUCCCCAAACCUUCGUUAAUGGGUUAAUUACUGAGCGCUUACAUGUCAUAUUCCUCAUGCUAUUUCAGUCUUGUUCCAGAGUAGUUACCUGAUUGCGUCCCUACUGUAAAACAGAGUUAUGGGCUUUUCCUCUGCUCCUCAUCCCAAUCUAAAUGACACAAGUAACUCUGACCUGGACUGAGCAUUUGCUAUUGGCAAUCGCCUCAUUGUAGCUUUGCCUUUUUCUGUCCUAGUAUUUCCUCACAACAAUGAUGUUUACAUGUGAUUGCUAUAGAGCUUACUGUAGAAUGUAUAUAGCGACACAUUUAGGGUGAGUAGUACUGUCCUGUGCUGUGCUGAUGUUUUUCAGAAAACGAUCAAUCAAAACCGAUACGUGUAAUUCUUCCAUCUCCUUGCUCAAGACAAGGAUGAAUCAAAGCCCACAACGCUGGCUUUGGUCAGAGAUGGAAAAUGCAUCAAACUUUAAGAAUGUGAAAGGGUUGAAUGCAGCUAUAAGGAGAACUUCCUGGUACCUGGAAGGAGCCUCCUUCAGUGUGAAUCACUCACUCGCUUCACAAACUUUGAUUUCAAUACACCCAGUUUUAAAUCUCGUAUUGCUUUCAUGAGGCGGGACUUCCUGUGUUGGCCAAUGACAGUUGCAGAACGUCAGCGCAUCAAAUGAGAUACUCUUGAAGAGGAAGGAAGAUCCCGUGAUGCACAGGGCCAAUCAGUACUGCAAUCCUAGGAUAGGAAGAGAUGCAAUAAGUGGUCUUCAUGUUGCCUGAAGCCUAUAAACUAUUUUUGCAAGAAGUGUCUCCAGAACUUAUGCAAUAUGCACUCAGGUGCACAAACGCACACACCCAUGGUUAUGGCCUGGGCUGGGCCAUGAGCUCCUGUUGGUGCUGCUGGUGACCACGUAUGCAGGGAAGCCAGUAUUGCUGAAUGUAAAGCCAGAGGGGGCUGUGGUUUGGAAUGUACGCACAGUUUACGCAGGUUAGCUCAGACCAGUACCUGUGGCUUAUCUUAGUGGCUGCUGAGGGUUGGAUGUUCCACCUGAGAAGCAUAGCCAUGAAUAUUCGCUUUGUUUAUGUCACUCAUACUAGGUCUAAUGUAAACAUUUUUCCCUUUGGACUGAGGUUUUUUUAAGCUCCCGUUGGCUUGCAGUGCUACACUCUGCAGCAGGAGAUUCUAGGGGAGGAGUUAUAUAGUACGGUGUUCUGGAUGGGAAUGCUCUUUGCCAAUGGAGUGUGGAUCCUUUCCUGGCCUUGUUAGGGGAAUGAUUGUACAGAGGCCAGCCACAAUCAAAGAAUGCAGUUUGAUUCUUAGUAUGCUACUGAUCAAGGCUCAAUCCAGGGAGGUACUGAAGUCACCCAGAGUUGGGGGCACUCCCCAUCUUGCAGGAUUGUACCCUAAAUUUGGAGCCACAUCUUUUCCCUGGGAUGGGAGAGAGUUAUUCUGAGAACGUGGCGUCCAUUCGAGGAGAGGAAAAUAGCAGUGUGAAAGGAAUAGCUUUAAGUCCCACGGAGCCAGCACUGUACAGAGAGGGAGAGAGUCUCCGUGGGCGUCACACCAUUCAUCUGAGCAGAGGCUAUGGCACAUUAACCGAUGCUCCCCAUACAGAGAGUGACACAGUGCACACCAGCCAAGGAAGGGACUGCUCCCCAGCGAUACCCCUCCUUGUCUUCUCCACCCUGCUCUGUGCACAGUCCCACAUUCUAAAGGGACACUCCCACUUUUCCCCACAUUUGCUUUUCAGGGUCCAUGUAUCUCUCUCUCCCGCCCCCAGUAAUAACUAUAGUGCCAGCAAUAAUGCCAACGUGCGGAAGAAGCCAUGCAUCUAUGAGGGAAGCAGGGACUUAUAUAAGGAAAGAAUUUAGUUUCUGGAUGAGGGUGGGAGUAAAAAUAGUGUGUUAUAAUAGGUGAUCAGGAAGGGGCAUUUAGUUUUUUAAAUAUAGAUAUAUAGAUAGAUAUAUAUACAGAAAAUCCUUGAUGGUUUCCAUUUGCUAUCAGGUACAAAACCUGACAUGCAGAGUAAAUGAUAACGCCCCAGUCACCUUUUCUUAUCCACUGACCCAUUAAAUCUCAUUGUUUUGCAUGAAAUACAGUUCUUUGUGGCAGAAUCUAGUGCAUUCCCAUGACUUCUCGAGAGGAGGAUUGUUUCUGAAUGUCUGGACUGGGGAGGGACAGCUGGGGAAUGCAGGGUUUUAGAGCUGAUGUUGCCCAUGGAAAAUAUCUAUCCCCAGUUCCUACUCAGUGCAACUUUGAGCUGCAUUAGCUGCACAAAGUGUAAGCAGCAGCUCAAGUCCCUAUGUUGCAGUGUUCGCAUUCGAUUUCCGUACUGGUCCAUGGAAAGAUUUACGGAACCAGCUUUAUUUGUUGUACUCAUUUUCUUGUGGGAAAUCUGUUGAAUUCUUAAUAUCUCAUUAUCUGUAGCUGAGCCUUUAAAACCUUUUGUUCUUGACGUGAUAGUCCAUCCUUGACAAUCUUGAGCAAUACAGAACCAAGUAAAGCUUUCGGGUUUCCAUUGCUCUUCCUAUAUAGAUUCUGUAAUCAGGUAGUGGCUUAGAAAGUCUGGUUGCAAUACACCAGGUGGCGCUGCAAGGGGCAUUAUUUAUCAGAGAGCUGAACAAGGUUAAUCUAAUAAUCGGGUGUGUGUACGUGUGUGUAUGUGAAUGAGCGAGAAGGAUUAAAUUGAUGCAUUUCUUGAGAAAGGUGUAAGAAUUUCACCUAAAAAGGGGCACAUCUGCUUUGUUAUUUAUAAUAAAAGCUAAAUUCUACUUUUUUUU